AUGGACGAGCAUCAAAUCUACGGAGUUGCUAUCUCCAGUCCUUUUCAUUCUUUUCACAAACAGGCUCUUGACUGUCCUUUCGAUGACAAUGUAUGGGGCGAGGACAAAGAAAAUGGCAAAUGGGGCUCCCAUUGCAAAGCCAGUCCCGUCUCUUCAUCCUCGACAAAUCAGACUGCAGCACCCCCAUUCACGGCAUUCCUAGCAUCAUCUUCACCUAACGAGGACUUCAACUUUCUCACCAGGCGAGUCAGCGUGAAAGAUGAACAUCGCUUUUCGUCGAGACCGUUACACGCGCUAGAAGUUUCAAAGACCGCAACCGUAUCACAGGAUGAGACGGAAGGGUCUGAAACCCCUCCGACGACAGAGACGGUGACAGGAGCUCCUGCUUCUCGUUACCCAUCAUCAGGAAGUCAGAAAGUUGAUUCUACUUCUGGUGAUGGUGAUGAAAACUCCACAAUCCUGUCAGCGUCACCUGGGCCUGCUGAUAAGCGGCGUGGCAGCCUAAAGCUAUCAUCUAGGAUCCCAACGCCGGUCAAGUCAUUCGACAGAGACAUGUGUCUUCCCCUAACCCAAGAGGAGGGAAUACAGAGGUUGCUGUCGUCGUACAACAAGCGGCGAAGUGAACAAUCGACAGCUGUCCCCAGAUUCUACGCGGGCUUGUUCAAAGACGACAACACAGAGAAAGCUCGGACACCUUCACCCGGCAUACAGCAAGAUCCAGGGCGCAAUGCUGACGACCGUUUUUCCUUACCAAAACCUUCUAUUCCAAUUUCUUCUCUCAGGAGGGGGGCCGGUGUCUGCGACAGAGAUCUGAAAACACGCAGCUUUUAUUCGGAGAUCGUGUCAUUUAACCAUGACGAUGUUGCUGAAAACGCAGCACAAGGGAAGCCGUUGAUGUCUCUUCUACCCUCGCAGUCUUUAUCUCGUCUGAACGCCAAGGUAUCUUAUUACAAACACCUUUCUCUUUCUCCUGAAGUCAUAAGGAAAUUCCUAACUCGACGAUUCUCCAAUUCCCACACAUCCCAUCCGCUGAAAGCUGAGAGUGGCAUGGCUGGAGCGUGCCCUACCAAUCCGAAAACCACCACAUUCAGGAAGGCGCAAGCAAGGCCUCUUGCCGCAUCUAAUAAAAGGCCGCGUCCUCUUUCUUAUCCGCGGGUCUUGCAGGCUCAAGCUUCACCAUCGGUGGGCAGUCAGCCAACAUCCACGCACCACUCGUCUUCAGGACCAGCAGCCAAAGUCUUGCGCAAGAAUCUCGAAAUCAGCAAGGAAGAACAGUCAGGCGCCUUGAAAGCUACCUCUGUUGAAAAAAGACGCCGUCCUAUUUCCUUCCCAAAUUCAUUUACGAUGCAAAAAGCUAAACAUCCAGAGCAACUAUCUCCUACAUCCCCAGCGUCUAAGAUGCGGGAGAGAUAUGCAGAGGGACAAAAGGACGAAUCGGGGAGAAUGGUCUCCGAAGCACAGCCUCGACAAUAUUGGCUUGGCCGUCUCGUCACUUUGAGUAACGCCUUCCACUAUGAGGAUUCAUUCAAUUCACCAGAUGUUGCUACUGGCUUCGGUAUGCGAUCCAAGUUCUCCGGCCCGCGGUCUUAUUCCGCUAUGGAUUCAUCUAAGUACCGCAUUAAACGCGCUUUCAUGGUUUUGGAAAGGGCUUGCUUGACCGACGAGGCGAAGCAGAGCUUCAGAGUGUUUCGGGACGAAUACGUCUCACAGUAUGGGUACCGGUGGAUGUUUUAA